AUGACAGCUACCAGGUAUGUGAAGCAUGUGUCGUUCGAUGACCUGGUGCCAACACUGAUAGAUGACCAAGUUGAGAUCCUGAAGCACAGCCAGAAACAUGCCGGAUUCAAUAACAAGUUCCUUCACGUACCGCCACAGUACAAUCCGUUGUACCAAUCGGACUCUGAGCAGCCAAAGAAGAAGCAAGAGUUGUUUACGCAAAAUCGAAGCGGCGAGAGACGCAGAUCAGACGAGCACGACAAGUUGGAGAAGGUGCUUCAGUUCAUGUCCCCACAUCAAACCAUCAGACCUUCGCUGAGUAGUCCGGAUGUGGUGGAUCGGAGUAGAAGCAGCUCUCCCCUGGCGCACUGUAGAACAAAUCCAAGACUGCCUCCACCUCCAAAGACUCCUUCGCUCAAGUGGUCUGCGAAAAGAGCGGACGAACAGGAGAGAAUCAUUGAUUGGGAUAUCUAUGACAUGGACUUUGCAACUGAGAGGAAGCUGACGAAAGAGACCGAGAAAAAUACCCAGUCAAAUUCUGGGUCAAGGGAUGGUUACACUCAGGCUGCAUUUGCCAAUUUGAACGAACUGGAAGAUCGACUGGGCUCAAAAUCGAAGCCAGCCGCUAAGGAAGGCAGUGGUGGGCGAAAAAAAAGCUUUGCAGGAAUGACCGACAAAGAGCUGGCCGAGCUAGAAAAGUUUUAUGAGUCUCAAAGCCGAUCCACCGCAUCGCCCACUAUAGACUGCUACGAUUUCAAGGAACAGGACCCUUUCUUUAUCGGCAAGUUCGAUAAGAAAGGCGGUUCACAGGUCGCUGAUCCCCUGGCUGCCAUCUAUCCCUCAAGGCCUGUCGUAGAUCACCGAGCGAUAUGUGUCACAAUACAGCAUCCUACAUACGACCAGUAUGUGCACGGUCUUAAUACAGAAACCAAAUCACGAAAGCCAGAAGAAUCACUAGCCGCUAUCCGAAGUGUCUCGUGCUACAUCUCAGGCAGACGAUACACAUGGUCUUCCGUGGAUUGGUAUGUGGAAAACUGUGCUCGAGACGGCGACCACUUGAUCAUUGUCACGUCUAUACCAUUCUUCGAACGAGAAAUAGAGUCUUCUGAUUAUGCCUUGAAUAGAAGAUAUUUUGCUGAAAGUCAUGGACCGGAAUACGGGAGUUUCGACGAGAUCGAUAGAGGACUUAGACGAGUUUCAACGUCGUCCUCGGAAACUUGCAAGGCCACCACGCUUGGUCAAGUUUCAAAGGGGUUUCGAAUAAAAGCUGUUCAUGAUGAAGCCCGGCAAAAGUGCCUAAAUAUCCUGAAUUACUACGCUUCGAGGCUUCAAGGGAUAGUAAUGAAAAUUACUAUUGAGAUGAUAAAAUGCGAUUCACCGGAAUAUGCGAUUACCAAAGCGGCAGCGCUGUACAGACCAGAAAUACAGAUAGUCAGUACCGUGAGCACAAAUCUACAAAUAAAGUUCAGGAACGGCAGAGUGAAGUUGCCAUUUUUUGUGAUGCAGCACUACCCAAUGUCGACUGCCGUGGUACCGUACGAAUUCAUCGAUCCAAGACUGCUGGGGGAAUCGCCCAGAGACAUGACUGAUACUUUGAAAGAAAGGAAAGAACAAAUCCCUCGACGCAAUGACAGAUUAGUCGCUAUAGACAGUAUCAUACUCAAGUCUUUGCGCAAUCCAUUUGCGGCUGAUGUUACUACGACCAAGAAGUACGAAGAAGAUAAUGAUUCACUGGUUGAAUCGGUGAAUGAGUACUUUCCAAUGCCACCAGAACAGAAAAGAAAAUAUGAGCUAUUCGAAAGAAUGGGCUACGUUAGAUGUUUACCUACUCGCCAAGCUGUUUACAUUAAGAAUAGUAAUCCAACGAUCAAUGAGGAUGACCGGAGGUCAACCCCUUUCAGUACCGCUAGCAACUCGAGAAGAAGCUCAAGAAUUCAGUAUGAUGACGGAAUGUACAAAGUCAAAUCGCUGAUCAUCGAUUCAUCGGAGUCAUCCGAUGACGAGAGCGACCAAAAGCGUCACGGUUCUUCAAUCAGGAAAACAAGGUCCAUGGGUCCGCCCGCCAGGUCAGGUCACGUAUCGCCAGGAUUAUCGCCAACGACUUCUGACAGAAAACCGCAUUUUAAUAACGUGAUGCAUCCAACAAGCUCCAAGUCGCCAGAGCAUGCUUCUCCGGCCAGCGAGAGCAAGAAUAAGAAGGAUAACAAGGGAAGGGAGAAGAAGAAAACCUUCGGGUCAUUCUUCAGGAAAGUGUUCAAAUGA